UGCCCAGCCCAUCCCAGCGUCACCAACACAAACAACAGGUUCAGAGAAACGACGGACGGCAAGCACGUGUACUCAGACACUUGCAGACAGACAUGGGCACUCCUCCCCACGAAAUUGAUGGUUUCGGAGACAUCCUACGUGUCUUCAACGAUGGAUCCAUCGUUCGUGCGCCUCCAAUCAGCUUCGAUAAUCUCACCCACACCCAAGGCUCCGUUUCUUGGAAAGACGUUGCAUACGACGCCUCUCUCGGUCUCUACCUCCGCCUCUACAGGCCGACCGGUCCGUCUCGACCGGGUUCGAAAUUACCGGUUUUUUUCUAUUUCCACGGGGGAGGUUUUUGCAUCGUGUCGCGGCUGUGGCCCGAAUGCCACAACAAUUGUCUCCGGCUAGCCGCGGAGCUCCCAGCCGUGGUUGUAGCUGCUGACUACCGACUCGCGCCCGAGAAUCGACUCCCAGCCGCCUACGAGGAUAGCUUAUCAGCCGUCCAAUGGGUCCGGGAUCAAGCGAUCCCGGGAGAUGACGAGAACUGGGUUGCAGACGUGGCGGAUUUGGACCGGGUCUUCAUCUACGGUGAUUCUGCCGGGGCCAAUAUCGCUCACCACCUGGCGGUCCGGCUUGGCAUUGGCUCAGCCGAGCUGGCGCCGCUUCGAGUCCGAGGUUAUGUCCUUUUAGCACCCUUUUUCGGAGCGACUAUGCGGACCAGAUCCGAAACGGAGUGUCCGCCCGAAUCCUUCUUGAAUCUGGAGCACACCGACAGGUUUUGGAGGCUCUCUCUGCCAGUUGGAGAGAGUAGGGACCACCCAUUUGCGAACCCAUUUGGACCCGUUAGUCAGAGCCUUGAAUCCGCCUCCCUAGACCCGAUUCUGGUGGUGGUUGGUACCUGCGAUUUAUUGAGAGAUCGGGCCGAGGAAUACGCAAGGAGAUUGAAAGGGUGGGGAAAGAAAGUGGAACUUGUGGAGAUGGAAGGCGAACAACACGCGUUCUUCAUGCUGGACUCAGUUUCAAAGGCAGCCGACGAGGUAAUCCGAGUCAUCAAACGAUUCAUGGCACAAAGCUCCGAGUCAAACCGAGUUGGAGGCCAUACCGCGCUAUGAUGGACGGUCAGGAUUGGUAGAGCUAGGGUUGGGCUCUAAAACAGACAUUUGGCACUUUUCAUAUCAAUAAUACUAUGUGGCAUGGGGUACCGUACAUUUGGCCAGUUGUCAAGUGGGCCACUAUAAAAAAAUAAAAAAAUAAAAAAACAUGGAAUCAUGGACCGUUCAUCUCAUGGGUCCAUUAAUGUGUGAUAGAUAUCAUAAAAUAUUAGACAGAUUGGAAUAUCAUAACUCCGAUUGAAAUUUGGACCAAUGGUCAGAUUGUUAUCUAGAUGGUCAGUAGCUGUAAAGCGGGUUUAUCACAACGAACGAACGGUCCGAUCUUGUUCAUGUAC